AAUGACGAUUGCCCACGCGGUUGAAUAUACGAGCUUGUUGGGUACUCAGAAGAAGGCGGGGGAGACGAUCAGGCCGAUAAUGGAUAACGUAUGCGUGGCUCCCGAUACGUUAGGGGAGGAGGUUAGAAACUCGUAUCAGGCAAUUGUUGAGGGAUUCGGUUGCCAGUUAUGGCAUCUCGAAGAGGUUGGAGGAGGCGGUGACGAUGCUGAACGGCCAUGUUGCGGAUAUAAAAAAGACGUUAUGGCGAUGCUGCAGCUGGUGGAAUCCGUCUUUGCUAUUUUUAGAAGCAGCUGACAUCACCCUUCCGAUUCGGCUCCGAACUUACGGACUUAAAUCAACAACACCCCCGAUGUCAGGACACUGCACGAUCCCACAGCGACAUCGACAUACAACACACAGAGAAUUAACAUCCCCAAAAUGACCACCCAACACACCCCCUACGCCAUUGGCCAUGCGCCCUCCCACACCAAACAUCACGAGUGGCGCACCGCCGCCAACAGCGCCCCUCACCUCCUCCCGCAUCUCCCAAAAGCCCUCUCCUCCAACCCCAAUCUCAAACUCCUCGACAUCGGCUGCGGGCCCGGCACCAUCUCGGCUUCUCUGGCCCAACACCUCCUUCCCUCUGGCCACGUCCUCGCAACCGACAUCGCCGACGACGUUCUCGAGCGAGCCAAGAAGCACGCCAUUUCCCAGGGCCUCUCAGUUCCGCAGAACAUUUCCUUCCAGAAGGAAUCCGUUUACGAAUUGUCCUUUUCCGACAACGAGUUCGACAUUGUCCAUGCCCACCAGGUGCUCUGCCAUCUUGACGACCCCGUAGCCGCCGUCAAAGAGAUGCUGAGAGUUUGCAAACCGGGCGGACUGAUCUCUUUGCGCGAGUCGGAUAUGCACAUGUGGUGUUUCUGGCCUGAACUUCCGUCCUUACUCAAGUUUCAUGAGUUAAUGGUCAAUGUCAUGUUGGCGAAUGGUGGGCAGGAUAAAGGCGGGAGAAAGUUGGUGUCGUGGAUUAUGGAAGCUGGGGUCGACCGAAAGGAUAUCGAGGCUGGGUUUGGGACGUGGUGUUAUAGUGAGCCGGGGGACAGAAAGGCGUGGGGAGAGGCGAUGAUUGAGAGGUUGAGGACGGGGCAGAUGAGGCAACGAGGGAUCGAGUCGGGGUUGACGACGGAGGAAAGCAUAGAGGAGAUGGCGAAGGGGUGGCGGGAGUGGAUGGAGAGGGGGGAUGCGACGUUGGGGAUUGUGAAUGGGGAGGUUAUUGUUACAAAGGCGGCCGCUUGAUUGAUAUUACCUGAUGGUAGGAAAAGGGGCCGGUCAUUCAGCAAAAGAAGCAACAUGGAAUGUAUGCAGAUUGCCGGGAACAAUGGAAGGUGCAUUUCUUGGG